GAAUUGGGCGCAACCUCCUACCAGGUCCCGUCCCCCUCUCCCCGGCAUUCGAGCCUGAGAGGCAGAGGCGAGUCGGCGGCGACCGUCCGCGGCAAGGCCUGGGCUGGAGAGCGUCCCGACAUCCCGCCGCCGCGAGGAGUGAUAUCCUAAGAGAAGAUGGGAAAGGGCUGUAAGAUUGUGGUUUGUGGCUUGUUAUCUGUGGGAAAAACGGCAAUUUUGGAGCAGCUCCUUUAUGGGAAUCAUACUAUUGGAAUGGAGGACUGUGAAACAAUGGAAGAUGUGUAUAUGGCUUCAGUGGAAACAGAUCGGGGAGUCAAGGAACAGUUACAUCUUUACGACACCAGAGGCCUACAGGAAGGAGUGGAGCUGCCAAAGCAUUAUUUUUCAUUUGCUGAUGGCUUUGUUCUUGUGUACAGUGUGAAUAACCUUGAAUCCUUUCAAAGAGUGGAGCUUCUGAAGAAAGAAAUUGAUAAGUUCAAAGACAAAAAAGAGGUGGCCAUUGUCGUGUUAGGAAACAAAACUGACCUUUCUGAGCAGAGACAAGUGGACGCCGAAGUGGCACAGCGGUGGGCCAGGAGCGAGAAGGUGCACCUGUGGGAGGUGACGGUCACAGACCGUAAGACCCUGAUCGAGCCCUUCACCCUGCUAGCCCGCAAACUCUCCCAGCCCCCGAGCAAAGCGAGCUUCCCUCUGCCUGGGAGGAGAAGCAAAGGCAACUCCAGCUCUGAGAACUAAACCCUGGGGUGCACAACUGUCCCUUGAAUGGUGACUGCCUCCAGGUAUCUGUGAACUCAUGUAAAACAGGCCAUUUCUGUCUACAUUUGGUCCAUAGGAAGCCCCUAGGGAAGUAAUUUAAUGCACUUCCAGUUUUAAUUCAGUUACUGUUGCCUGACAUGAAGUAAUAAUAUAUUUGCACUCUCCUUGUUUCAGACUUGUCCCUAAAAUUAGCACCUUUGUUAUCUACAUUAUGUUGCAUUUGUCAAAAGAAUAAAUUUGGGUGGUAUGCACGUGUA